UCCAAUAUUUCUCACCCCUACUAAACGCUCCUGUUUACAAAUUUAUAUUUAGUCUUCCGAUUCUGCCAUUUACAAACUACUGGUUCAGUGUGUCGUCAUUUCAACUUUUCGUAAUUCCUAAUGUUUCAUUCAAAAUAAAGCUUCCUUGAAGUCGAGAGAACUCUUUGAAACGUCCGAGGAUGAAAAAGAAAGCACCAAUGGGAGUGUUUGAAAGACUGGAGCAGAACGUUCAGGAUUUUGUUUCUGAUCCCCUUGGACAAAUUACCAAAGAUCUAGGAUUGUCGCAGGGUUGGGGUCUGGACAGGUUAAUGAGAAGAAUGACAGGGGACAGAAGAUCUAGAAGACGUGAAGAUGGGUUUAGAGGAGUCAACCAAUACAGGACUGAUCUGUGGGAAGGCGGCAGUGAGGUUAAGAAUGAGUUGCUCAAGGCUCCUUACAAUGGUUACCAAGCAAGACCCGUAGGACUUGGAGGACAGGCAUACCAUGAAGGACAGGAAGGACAAGGAGGACAGGCAGGACUGCCCUAUCAGACUUGGGACUACGACCGAGAGGACUACAGCACAGAUCAGAUGUAUGAAAAGUCCAAUUAUGUUGAAAAUGAUCCUUCAAGAUAUCAAACAACAUUCAUGGACAACAACAGAGAGAUAAAGAAUCAAAAAUACUUAAAGAAAUAAAGGUUUUUAAAACCGUCAGAAGAUUCACCAGGAACCGGAUUCAAUUGUUAGAAGUUGAACUAUUUAGUUGUAGUUAAACCACUUAUUCUGUGCGCCGGUUCAAGUUAAAGAGAAGGAUCGUUAAACUUAUUCUACUUAGUUUAACUUCUUCUUUCUUCUUGCAUUGAUUAAAAACAAACACAGUCUCUGGGGAGGGGAGGAAAUCCAGCCACAUUAAUUUCUAGUCCGAGCCACAUUGUUCUCAUUUUCUCGUUCGAGCCACCUCGAAAUCCUCGUCCUUCCAUUAUUACUUUUAUGUGUAUAAUCCUCCAAGAUAAAACUAUUUUUUAAGAAUGGGCCACGUUAGGGCAUAAAUGAAAUUUUGAAGUUUUGUAAAUCUAAAAAAUAGUUUCAAUUGCAUUAAAGAUUUCGAGUUCAAUGUCCUUAAAAAUGUUCACCUUUCUACGCGCAUUUUCAGAUAUUCCUGGAGUAAAAUGCCGCAAAGAUUUUUUAUUUUAGAACUUAAAUUAGAACUUUAAUUAAAGUGAAAACAAUAUAAUUUUUCCGGGGGUUCCAUGGAGAAAGUGAUAGGCAGAGAUAUGCAAAAUAUUUUGCUAUUUAUUUUAUAUUGCGAA